AUGGUUCAUCCACCCAGUGACUCCUCUCAACUUUGCAGAAUUUUGCAUAUCCCCCUUAAUCAAGGCGCAGACCCUAACUCCAAAGACGACAAUGGGCAAACCCCACUUCACCUGGCGGCGCAAGUGGGCAACAUUUGGGCUAUGGGUGCCAUGCUUGAGUGGGCUCUGGAAUCUGGCGACGCGAAAUAUGGUGACAGGGACGACGCGGCUGCCCGUCAAUCUCGGUAUCUGGACAUAGCAGGGGUUGACAACUCGGAGAGCAUCCCAUUUCAUCUCCUUGCGACACAAUCUUGUUCCCCACCGGAAUUUACUGCCAUUUUCCUCUUUUUACUCACCAAAGUUGGAGGAGGUUUUGGACGUGCCACAAUUGAUGGUCGAAGCCGCUGUGAACCUUCGCAACGUCUCCUUCGUGCUUAG